GCGCGCGCCAGUACGCCGCACCAUGCCGGCCUGCGCGCCCGAGUACCGCCUGCUGCGCUCCGCCACAGAGCUGGCGCUGGCUCCGCGCGCCAAGCGCUGCCCGCACCAGCCGCCCUUCACUGCGCUGCGGAGAUCCUUCUCCUCGACCUUCUCGCUCAUCCCCGAGGAGCGCGCCGUCCCGCCCGAGCACACGCCGCCGCUGCACCGCCUCCUGCAACUCGCCACCUGGUUCCCUCGCCAGUGUCUCCGCCCCGCCUUCUUCCUCUUCGGACUCAUCGCUCACCCCGCAUGGAAGCAGAUCCUAGUCGUUCUACCCACGCUGUGGAUCGCCGCGUCUCUGUUCAUCUUUUGGAAAUGUGUUCAGUUCCCCAUCGGAUUCUUGAAGAUGAUCGGCAGCGCGAUCUCCAGGAGCACUGACAAACGCCGCACGGUCCUCAUCAGCGGCGGGAGCUCCGUGCAGGCGUUGCAUUUAGCUCGAAACUUUCACUCUGCCGGUGCCAGAGUUAUCGCUUUCGAAAUAGAGGGACAGUUCGCUUUGCUGAAGUACUCUGCGGCGGUGCACAAGUUCUACACGAUACCGCGGCCGAACCCGGCGGAACCGCUGGCCUACGCCUACGCCUUGAAGGAAAUAGCGGAAAGGGAGUCCGCCGUGUUCUACAUCCCAGUGAGCUCGACUACGCCGGCGUAUUACGACGCUUUAGCGAAGCCCUAUUUAGAAGUGGCCGGUUGUCAAUGUUUUGUUCCGUGUGCACGUGAUGUGGUGACGUUGGACGACCCGUUGGAGCUGAUGCGCGUGUGCCGCAUCGCCGGCUUACCGACGCCGCACUUCUGGGUGGUGAACAGCGAGGACGACGUUCGCGCUUGGUACGAAAGCGGAGCGUCGAAGGAAGGAUAUCGUCAUUUUAUCGCAAGCGCCGGCGCGCGGGGCGCCAGAGAUCGCCUUCGAUUCGUGAUGCCAGAAGACAGGACACAAUUUCGGUUCCCGAGAGAGAUAAGCGCCGAGAAACCGUGGGUCAUCGUGAGGGAGCCCAAGGGAGAGAAGUUGAUGACUUGUACGACAUUGAAAGAAUCGCGAGCAGUGAAUAAUGUAACCUGUCGCGUGGAUCCGGUGAGGAAAGGCCUGGUGCCGCAGAGGGACGAAGAAGCUGAUAUUUGGGUGCAAAGAUUCAUAUCCUGUCUCACACCCUCGCGGGCUAUGACGGGGCAUGUAUCGUUCAGAUUGGUGCGCGAGGACAGUCCGACGAACGGGCACGUGAGCCGAAUCGUAGCGAUCGGAGCGCGUGUUGGGGUGUCGUUGCCUUACUUGUGUCAAGGGUCGAAGCGGUGCGGGCACACGGCGACCGUUGGGAAGCUGUUGAAUACGGUGCUCGACACCCGUGAAGCGUUGUUCGCUUUCUGGGAUCCCUUGCCGUACUGUGCUUACUACCAAUCUCGAUCGCCGGAGGACAGGAGGUCGCUGCCGCCAGAGCCCUGCAAGACUCCUCCAAACGUGCCGCUCUGAGACACCGUGGCACAUGCAUGAGGCAUUUGAUGUUAUUUAUUAAGACGCUCGAGUACCUGAAGAGUGUGUGGAAGUUUUCUAACGCUGUCCUCGGAGUCACGCUCUCUACCCGUUCUCUCGCUCGGACGAACACUGUGAAGGUCGUGGGGUCGGAGGACGAUUUAAGUUGUAACUACUAAGUAGGCAUUACAUGAGUACAUCCGAUGAAUGAUUUUUUAGACUCUUUAUUAAUUGUAUGGAUUAAUAUUAAGUGGUCUGCGAUGUUAUGAUUAAAAAUAAUAUUAUUAUUAUGGUAAUAAAUAAUUUAUUCCAGUUGUAAA